AUGAUCCCUUUAAAGAGAGGGAUGUUGAAAUUUGAUUUAUUUGUUAUUUAUUUUUACCGCAAGUUUAGGAUGGCAAGAAAGGAGAAGACGCUCGGCUACAAAAUAAAAAGUAUUAUUAGAAUAAUUUAUGUAUUUGAUACUACGCGGCUAUUAGAAGAUAGUUAUAAAAUUGGUUGGCAUGAUUAUGUUAGUAUUCUGGGAGGUCAAAAUAAAUUAGAAGAGAAGUUAUUAUUAUAUGCUAUCUGCAUCGCUUUCACUCAAAAAGAAGAAAUUAGGCACCUAAAGAAGACACUUUUUACUGGUUUAGGAACAUUCACGAAAAAUAAAUUAAUUAGACAAAACUUAUUAUAUAAUUUAGAAGGUGCAUGGAAUUAUUAA